UUUUUUAAAAGGCCAUCAAAAUCAUUAGAUAUCCUUCAAAAUCUCCCCAAAUACGAGAUCUAAAAAGUCUUCCAAAUUUGAAAUCUCCAAUACACCACAUUUUUUAAGGAUUCAAUAAAUUUGUUUGCGAAACGACAUGAAAAUCAUCGUACGAAAACAUUCAAGAUAUAUGAUGAAUUAUUUGGUUAAUGCCACGUCAGUUAUAAAGAUAAGAUUUCAUAAAGAUAAGAUUUCACAAUACACGUCAGCCCUAACAAAAACAUAGUAAAGUUUGACGUGUACCUAUAAAUAAGAAGGUUUAAAGCAGAAGGAGCAAACAAAAAAAAUCCCUAGAGACUCACGCCGCUUCGAAGAGUUCCAACAUUUCAAGAGAUCUCUAAGAUUCGGCAACCCAAACACCAUUAGAACCUAAUCAACACAAAAUAUUUUUUCUUAUCAAUCUGUAAAACUGUCUCGAUCGAUCUGAAACAAUUAAGAUUUACCCAAACACCGUCAAACCCCAAUUCUUUUCUUUCAACGUCAUAAACUGCGGUGCCGACAUAUCCUCCGACCAAAAUCUACCAAUAUAAAUCAAAUUCAUUGAGCUUUUUCUCAACUCUUUAAGGUUUGAAAGGAAGUAAAGUUGAACUCUCGUGCUCAAAGAUCUGCACAGGCAAAGCACAACUAUUUGGAGCGUUAAAACAACCAUAGUAGCAAAACAGGGGAGAGAAAUGAGUGAUUGGUCUAAGUUACCGGAGGAGCUUCUUGGCGUAAUCGCUGCUCGAUUGUUCUCCAUGGUCGAAUUCAAACGCUUCCGUAGCAUCUGCAAAUCGUGGCGCGCCUCUGUUUCCGGCACUAACAAGAACCUUUUCCUGAGCUGCCCUCUCAUCAAGUUCAAGCCCCUCCAAUGCAUGGUCUCUUCAAUCCAAGCAAACGAACAAAGUUUGGGCCUCCGCUAUGGCCCGUUCCUCUCGCGGGCCGCAUUCUUUCGCGUCACUCUCUCCUCCUCUCGGGACCAAGGGUGGUUGAUCAAAUCAGACAAGGAUCUCAACUCCGGGAAAUUCCAUCUCCUCAACUCUCUCUCGCGCCUCGCACUACGACAUUCGUGCAAGCGCAUUGAUCUUUCGUGCAAGCGCAUUGAUCUGUCAGAAUUCAUAUUCUCCGAGAUUCAAGAAGCUUAUGCGGUUCUAGAGGGCAAACUGAGAAAAACAGCUCGCGGAUUCCAAAGAGUGUUUCUUGUCAGAGUCCCAGGAGGAGAUCAUCGUGUUCUAGUGAUCGGCAUCGACGGGGUGAUCAGGUACUGGAAAGACGAAAGUUGGAUGAGAGUCGAAGGACAAGUAGAUCAAUUCUCUGACAUUGAACUUGAAAGAGGUCUUACUUACGCCUUGGAUACAAAAGGGAGUGUUUGGUGGAUUAGUUCCUCUUACGACAUCUCCAGGUUCGGACCUUCAAUAUAUAAAAACAUCACUAACAGAUCUUCCGGGGAAAAAAGGUUUGUAAGAUGUCGUGGAGUGCUUUACAUUGUAGAUCGUCUCAUUGACGAGAAUCUCCUAAAGAGAAAAGCUGAUUCCUUGAAUGGUAAUGCCAUUGUUCAUAUCUGGAAUAAUUUUCCCAAUCCUCAUAUCGUGGAUGGUAAUGCCAAUGCUGGUUUCGUGGACGCUAAUGCUAAUUUAUGGGAUAAUAAUGGCAAUGCUGGUUUCAUGGAUGCUGAUCCCGUUCGUUACCGUUUCGCAGUGUUACACGACGAUGUUGGGAAUGUAAGUUGUGAAGUGUUUGAACGUGACCGUCCCAAAACGAUAGGUUUCAAGGUUUACAAGAUGGAUGAUGAAUUGGUGAAAUGGGUAGAAGUUAAGUCCUUGGGAGAUAAUGCGGUUAUGAUGGCUACCGAUACUUGUUUCUCGGUUUUGGCUCAUGAGUUCUAUGGAUGCCUGCCAAAUUCUAUUUACUUCACCGACAAGGAAAAAGACGAGAUUAAGGUGUUCAAGCUAGAUGAUGGUAGUAUCACAACAAUGUCAAAAUCUGAGAAGAGUUGUUUCCAAAUGUUUGUUCCUAGCUUUCUCUAAAUCUUGUUUAGGUCAAAGCUAAUUUUUAUGUAUUAAGAGUACCAACCAUCUGAAUAAAAACCUUACCUUUCAUCUUCAUUUUUGGUA